AAACCACGCCCACAGUCGCAUUGCGUUUGCAGCGCAAAAGAACCUUGUCCCUGUAGUGUACGUCAUUUCCGGGUGUCAGCAUUCAGACUGUGGAGCUUUUGGGAGCGAUGUUGCCGUCUGGGGAAAGAGAGAUGCAUACAGCUGGGAAAUAAUUAACCAGUUUAACUCCUUUAAUAUCGAUAUUUACUGUUAUAGCUCCAUAUCUGUGUGGCGACAUCUUAACACCUCGGUGUCGGUAAAUGGACAUCCUUGUUGUUCCGUGAGAGAAGGGACUUGUUCUCAAUGUAAGCUCCCAUUGCUAGCAGGUGUAAUCCCAUAUGAUAAUAACGGACUGACGUUGGCGUCCCAGCCCCGCCCGCCCGUCCGCCCUCGCCGUGCCAUGGCUGCCCACACCGCCCCGCCGGUCCUGAAGGAGUUCUGCCCACUGUACUACCUGCUGAACUCCAUCCCUGCGAAGGUACAGAAGGGCUUCCGCUCCGUGCUGGUGUACCUGACCGCGCUGGACGCCAGCAGCGACUACAUCGCGGUCGGCAGCAGCAUCGGCAUGCUGUACCUGUACUGCCGGCGACUCGGACACAUGAACAAGUACAACCUGGAGGGUAAGUCAGAGCCCAUCACGGCGGUGAAGCUGCUCAGCUGUUUUGAUGACCUGGUGGCGGUCGGCACGGCGUCAGGGCGUGUGGCUCUGUUCCAGCUCGUCUCUCCCCUACCCGGCCGGAACAAGCAGCUGCGGCGCUUUGACGUGAUUGGUCUGCACAAGAGCACCAUCACCGCUCUGUCCUGGAGCCCCAAUGGCAUGAAGCUGUUCUCCGGGGACGACCGCGGGAGGGUGGUGUUCUCCGCCGUGGACCUCGACCAGGGCGUGUGCAGUCCUGUGCUGCUCCUGGAGGAGCCGUAUCCCAUAGUGCAGUUGGAGUACAGUCAGAAGGUGCUGCUGGUCUCCUCUCAGCAGCGCUGCAUCAUGUACUACACCCAGGAGCAGAGCCUCCAGCAGCUGGGCUCCAAGCCCCGCAAGAGCAUUGGCAGGCUGGGAGCGUGUUUCCGUGUGGGGCUGUGUAAGCAGAGUGACCUGCAGGUGUACGCGGCGCGGCCGGGGCUGCGGUUGUGGCGGGCGGACGUGCGGGGGGAGGUGCAGGAGACGCACAUGCUGAAGGAGCUGCUGGCCCAGGCCCCGCCCCUCUUUGAGCUGUUCCCCCGCCCCCGCGCCACCGGCGCCUACCGCCCCCCUGAGAGGCAGCUGGGCGUCCUGAGCUGCUUCCUGAACCACGGCUGGCUGCUGAGCUGGAACGAGUACAGCGUGUACCUGCUGGACUGCCUGAACCAGGCGAUCGUGGGCGGAAUGGAAGGCUGUGGUGACAUCGUGUCGGUCGCCUGCACAGAGAACGAGAUCUUCAUCCUGAAGGGCGAUCGAGACAUCAUCCGCAUCGCCACCCGCCCUGAGGGCCUGGCACCCAACCUGUCUGACCUGUCACUGCGCCUCUCGUCCCCCCUCACCACCCCCACCAUGGUGCUCCCGCCCACCGGCGCCGUGGAAACGGCCCAGCCAAUCAGGACCAUGGCCAUCAUCAGCGAGCAGGAGGGGCGUGGGGAGGAGCCGGGGGCGGAGCCUGGCGAGGAGAUGGGCGAGGAGGUGGGCGAGGAGGUGGCGGAGGGCGGGGGGAUGGUGCUGGAGAAGCUGGAUGUGAUUGGCUGUGACCCGCGCAGCCGCAGUAGUUCGGUGACGUCGUGGGACAGCGCCCUGGGCCUGCCGCCUGCCAGCGAGCACUCGGACCUGUCCUCCCGCUACAGCGCCCUCACGCCCGACGAGCUGCAGCAGGAGCUGGUGGUCAAAGCCAUCAAGGUCAAGAAGAGGGGCAGGCGCCACCGGCAGGAGAGUGGUAACAGGCUCUCGGCGCACAGUAGCUGGUCAGAGGGGGUGUUCAGUCAGGAUGGGGGGGGCACCAGCCCCAUGGGCAGCAGUCUGGACCUGCACAGCAGCGACUCCAUCAGCGGAGAUUCCCACGGCAACGACCCCUUCACCCUGCUGACCUCGCCCGACCCCGCCCUCGACACCACACCCACCCCGCCCGUCAUACCGGCGACCCCGCCCCCGGAGCUGGUGACCCCGCCCCCGGAGCUGGUGACCCCGCCCACGGAGCUGGUGACUCCGCCCUCUGAGGUCGUGACCCCGGACGUGGACUCCCUCCUGCAGUGCACCUUCGCCUACAUGCAGGCUGCAGCCGAGCAGGGCGAGGAAGAGGAAGAGGAGGAGGCUGAAGAGGGCGAGGCAGAGGCGGAGGGCGUGGCAGAAGAGGAGCCCCUGCCCCGCUGUCCCCCGGAGGCCGAUCUCUCCGCCUCCAGCGAUGAGGAGGAUAUCUACGCCCACGGCGCGCCCCACUCCGCCUCCACCGGCAGCCUGGGCACCGCACCGCACCUCCACCCCUCACACCCCGGCAACGCCCCCCACGACCAGGGCCGCGCCCACAAAUCACACCAGCUGGCUGAGAGCUGGAUGGACUACGCGGGGCCCGGCUGUGGCAUCCUGAGCCUGGUGGUGACGGAGCGCUGUGUGUGGUGUCUGGACCUGAGGGGCAGCCUGUUCUGCAGCGCCCUGCCCAACAGCUCUCUGCACUGGCAGCGCUUCGAGGACAACGUCCAGCAGGUGGCAGUGUCUCCCUCAGGCUCACUACUGUGGAAGGUGGAGCAGAAGACCAAUAAGGCGUUUGCGUGUGGGAAAGUGUCCAUCAAAGGCAAGCGGCACUGGUACGAGGCCAUGAGUCAGACUGCCUUUGUGGCGCUCAGCGAUGAUGCAGCCUGGAUCAUCCGCACCAACGGAGACCUGUACCUGCAGACAGGGCUGAGUGUGGACCGGCCCUGUGCGCGGGCGCUGAAGCUGGACUGCCCGUGUCCGCUGGCCCAGCUGUGUGCGCGCGGGGGGGCCGUGUGGGCGCUGACCGAGCAGAGAGCCGUCUUCUACAGGGAGGGGCUCAGCACCUACUGCACCGAGGGGGAGCAGUGGAGAUACGACACCGUCAGUGAGAGGCAGGGCCUGGAGCCGGUGUGUCUGGCCCUGGGGGAGCACGGGACGGUCUGGGCUCUGGACGGCAGCGGCAGUCUGUGGUUCAGGACGGGAGUCAGUGCGGCGAAACCGCAGGGGGACGAUGAGCACUGGUGGCAGGUGAGCAUCACAGACUACGUGGUGUUUGACCAGGUGGGGCUGUUCCAGACGCUGAUCCAGGCCACGCAGUCGGUUGCCGUGGCGACGCGGGCGCCGGUGGAGCGCGUGGCGGAUCGGCUGCGUGUGGCGUUCUGGUCUCAGCAGCCUCAGUGCCAGCCCAGCCUGAUCAGCGCCAACCGCACCGGAGUGUGGAUCGCCUCCGGCCGCAACGACUUCCACGUGGCCAAGGGCAGCCUCGUGGGUUCUUACUGGGAGAGUGUGGUGCCCAGAGGAACAGCUUCUGUCACCAAGUGGGCCUUCGUCUUCUGCUCCUCUUCACCCACUAAAGAGGGCAGCUUCCUGUGGGUGGGCCAGAGCCGGCGGGACCUGUUCUGCGUGUGGGACGGCGACCCCCAGCUCCGCCCCUCCACCGUGGCCCUGCCCCCCGACCUGGAGAUGGUGCAGCUGAGUGCGUGCGGAGACGCGGUGUGGGGGCUGGACUGGCACGGGCGUGUCCACAUCCGCCCCCUCUCCCCCGCCUGCCCCUCAGGCCUGCACUGGACCCGCCUCGACCUCAGCCAGCUGGGGUGUGUGCGGUUGGUGAGUUUGGCGUGCGGCAGUCAGCACGUGUGGGCGUGCGAUGGGAACGGGAUGGUGUACUUCCGGGUCGGCACCCAGCCCCUCAACCCCAGCAUGAUGCUGCCGGCCUGGAUCUGCAUCGAGCCCCCAGAGCAGCCGGUGGGUGUGCUCUUGGUGAGCGUGCACACCAGCCCUAACGACCGCAUGCUGUGGGCUGUGGACAGCAGGGCCAACGUGCACGUGCGCACCGGCAUCACCGACGAGAUGCCUGUUGGCACCGACUGGGAACACAUUCCAGGCCUGCAGGCCUGUCAGCUGGUUCUCAGCCUCAGCACGGCCUGGGUUCUCUGUCCCAACGGCGAAAUCGCCCGUCGCUACGGCGUCACAGACAAGAACCCCGCAGGAGACUACUGGAAGAAGACCCCCGGCCUCGUCACCUGCCUCACAGUGAGCCCCAGUGAUGAACUGUGGGCUCUGAGCCAAUCAGGGAGCCUGAUCCGCAGGCUGACCAAGACCUUCCUGCAUGGCGUGGCCAGGUCAAAGGUCAGCAGCGGGUCUGUAGGGGAGGACCUGGAGGACGAGUGGGAGGUCAUCUAAAAUGGGACAGAACCACACACUGGACCGGGAUUGGACCGCACACUGGACUGAGACAGAACCGCAUAUUGAACUGAGACAGAACUGCACAUUGGGUUGGGAAUUGCACAUUGGACUUUGGACAGAUCCAGUCUCCAUCCUGUCUGCGGCCAACAGGACCUCCUGGGUGGCAGGCUGCUCAGGACUCCGAUUGGCUGUUUCUAGGACACUCCCACUUUCCCCACCAAUUAGACUCUCACUCCUUAUGUUCCCAUCCUGUCUCUCCGUUUGUUUUGUCUUUGAUUGGUUCUGUAUGUUUUGGAUGGGUUCCUGAUGGGUUCUGUAUGUUUUGGACGGGUUCACCCUGUGGUUGUGUCAGUGCGUUCCUGAGGAACAGGAAUCUCUGUUGUGGUGUGUUGCCCCGGCGAUCCCGGCCGAUCAUGUGACGGUGCUGCAGAGCUGCGCAGGCGCACGUCCGGCUGCAGGGCCCCGGCUGCCCCAGCUGCCCCAGCUGCCCGCUGGCCUGUUGCCUAGCAGCAGUGACCUACAGUAACCCCACACACAUCAACAUGAUUUAAAUACAGACCCUUCUGCUGCCCCUGUACCCCCCCCCCCCCCCCAGCCCCAGCAGAGCCGGUGGAUUGGUGCAGGAGCUCAUUUCAGCCCAUUCAGAAGAUCCAGUAAAGUCCAGCUCCAGAAAACACCCAGAAUGUUCUAUGCAGAUUUUUUCAAAUUAUUUAUGGAAUUUUUAUUGAUUACCUGAAAUGACUGAACUGAAAUGGAAUGAGCCGUUAAACUGGGGAGCGGUUUCUGCCAGACCCGUUAUUAUUAUUAUUAUUAUUACUACUAUAUUUAUUAUUAUUAUUACAUGCAGGAAACACUACAUAUGAAAUAAUGGGGCCAUUGUUGCUUACCGACUGAAUCGUUUUUGACUCUUUGGACGGGGCGGGGCUUUUGGAGGCUUUAUUUGGAGUGCCAUCUUUGGUGGGCGGGACUAAGGCUUACCUGAACAUGACCCCUGACCGCACCUGAGCCAGGUGAGACUGAGAGUUGUUUUCCAGGUGACUUCAGUGUGGAUUGGGAGGUGGUUUUCUGGGUGACUUCAGUGUGGAUUGGGAGGUGGUUUUCUGGGUGACUUCAGUGUGGAUUGGGAGGUGGUUUUCUGGGUGACUUCAGUGUGGAUUGGGAGGUGGUUUUCUGGGUGACUUCAGUGUGGAUUGGGAGGUGGUUUUCUGGGUGACUUCAGUGUGGAUUGGGAGGUGGUUUUCUGGGUGACUUCAGUGUGGAUUGGGAGGUGGUUUUCUGGGUCACUUCAGUGUGGAUUGGGAGGUGGUUUUCCAGGUGACUUCAGUGUGGAUUGGGAGGUGGUUUUCUGGGUGACUUCAGUGUGGAUUGGGAGGUGGUUUUCCAGGUGACUUCAGCGUGGAUUGGGAGGUGGUUUUCCGGGUGUGAUCAUGCUUGCUGUAGUGAGAUGGGUUUAUCCCGCCAGAAGAUACGCAUCACUCACUUUAAAACAUCACACAUCAUCACUGCUGAUGGCUGUACAGUACUCAUGUAAAUAUUAAAAUGGUUUAUUAUGGACUAACUCUGGCCUGGUAUGCAGAGGGAAACUGUGUGCGGGUGCACACAGGAUGCGACGUGAUGUCACUUCCUGUGCAAGGAGUCUGGAGGGUGUGGCAAUGGGUGCUUUUAUGAAGAUGGGUUUAUGCUUUUAUCUAAAACGUUUUUAUCUUGCAUCAGAGUUUUGUCUUUUAAAUAUGAAAAUGUGAAGGUAACCGAACUAAAGGGACAUGUUCUAACUAAAGGGACAUGUCUGAG